GCAUGCAUUACUGAGGGGCGAGAGAGAGAGAGAGAGAGAGAGAGAUCUGACAAAGAGAAGGCAUACAGAACCUAUGUCAGAGACAGCGAGAAAAAGAAAGACAGCUGACAAUUUUCACUACUUGCUGGGGAACAGAAUGAGUUAGAUUUAACAACUCAGUCCCCGUUUCUUCACAAGUCCCUAUUGCAACUAUGUACUGCCUUGGGGUACUCACCUGUUACCUGUGUGUCACCAGCUCCUGGAUCUGAAAACCUAGACAAGUGACAGCUUUAGUUCUAUUUCCCAACCUUUGUGCAGAAACAUACCUAAGGCAUGGAUACUUGCUUCUGGCUGAUCUUAGAAAUUCUAACUUUGGGAAUUUGAAUUUGAAAAAGAAGGAAGAAAAAUGUUUCAAAUCUGCACCUUUGAUGGAUUUGAGGGGCGAGAUGAGAUUCUACUUUAUAUGAGGCAGAAUAAGGAUAUAAGUUUGAUCUGUGGUCCCUUUCCCUCCCCAGCGGAAAUGGGAAAUCGCUUAUAGCUGAUUUCUGUUCAUAAAGGUCUACUUUUUUUCUCUGAAUUUUACUGGUUGUGCAGUGUGGGAAUAUUUCUCCACAUACCCAACCAUCUGUGUGAAGCCUGGGAUCAAACCUUGAAUGUUGGAUACAUAAUAAUUUUAUGGUGUUUGCCUAAGUGGAGUUCCAAGAUGCCUUUCCAUCCUGUGACAGCUGCCCUUAUGUACAGGGGGAUCUAUACCAUCCCUGACAUUAUCACAGAACAGGCCCCUGUGGAACUCCCCGAGGAUGAACUGGAAGAGAUCCGAGAAGCAUUUAAGGUAUUUGACCGGGAUGGGAAUGGCUUCAUCUCAAAGCAGGAGCUCGGAAUGGCCAUGAGAUCCCUGGGAUACAUGCCAAAUGAAGUGGAGUUAGAAGUGAUCAUUCAGCGACUUGAUAUGGAUGGUGAUGGCCAGGUGGACUUUGAAGAGUUUGUGACACUACUUGGACCCAAGCUUACAACUGCAGGAAUUCCAGAAAGGUUUCAUGGAACAGACUUUGACACCGUCUUCUGGAAGUGUGACAUGCAGAAGCUGACAGUGGAAGAGCUGAAGCGAUUACUUUAUGAUGCCUUUUGUGAGCACCUCUCAAUGAAAGACAUUGAAAAUAUCAUCAUGACAGAAGAGGCAAGCCACAUAGAUAACCCUGAGGAAUGUCCUGUUGAUAUUGAAACAUGUGCCACACAACAGAUCAAGCAGACGUGCGUAAGGAAGAGUCUCAUCUGCGCUUUCGCCAUCGCAUUCAUCAUUAGUGUGAUGCUGAUAGCUGCCAAUCAGGUUCUCCGGAGUGGAAUGAAAUAACAUGCACACCUAAGCAAAGGGAACUGUGUUAAAACAAUAAAAUCAGUGUUACAAAACUUUCCAUUGCUUGAAAGGAUCCUAACUUAUGGAGACUAGAAGACUAUCUGAAGUGACUCAUAUGGCAUAUGGCAGCUCAUUGCACAGCAUUAUGUCAAAGGAAAAGACCACAUCUCUGUGCAUGGUCAUUGGAGGGGGCUGAAGAGCUAAUCUGCAUGAAGAUGCAUGGAUUAAAUAAUCUAUUAUAGCAGUGAUACCAUAUGUUUCUUUUUUAUAGAUA